AUGGACAUGCGGAAAGAUAUUAUUGACGUUUUCAAUACAAAAAAUAUUGCUUAUACAGUAGAUUUAAUAAAUAAUGUUUACACGUAUCUAACAUCUGAUAAUUAUGAAGAUUUAGAAAAAAUAGUUUCUAAAGAUAUUUUUACUGAUCUCGUAAAUUUGAAAAAAAUCACCGAAGAGAAUUUUUAUGGUCAAGAUGCUCAACUGUCUGAAGAUAUUUUUUUGAAAUGGGAAAUACCAAAUAAAUUAUUAGUUGACAAAUUUACAGUUGAGAAACCUAUAAAGAAUUAUGAUUUAGAAAUUUUGAAUUUUUUGAAUAAUGAAGCAGAUAUUGAAAACUUAGAUGGAGAAGAUUCUGUAGAGAAGAAAAUGGAUCUUAUCACAAAAUUACUGGAUGAAAAAAAGAUAGUUCUUGUACAAGGGGAUACCGGUUGCGGAAAAACUACCAAAAUUCCGAUGUAUUUGUUAAAAAAGUAUAACUCAAUUGUAUGUACACAACCGAGAAGAAUAGCUGCUAUUUCAGUAGCUAAACGAGUUGCGCAUUGUAUGGGUAGUAAAGUAGGAGACUUGGUGGGCUAUGCGGUUAGAUUUGAUGAUCGUACUAGUGCGAAGACAAAAUUAAAAUAUGUUACAGAUGGAAUAUUACUAAAUGAAAUGAUUCAUAGAGGAAACUUAAAUAGGUAUGAUUGUUUGAUUAUUGAUGAAGCACAUGAAAGAACUAUUAAUAUUGAUAUAUUAUUAGGCAUUUGUAAACAAAUUAUUAAUGAAAAUUCAAAGUUGCGCAUUUUAUUGAUGAGUGCUACUAUGUCGACACAAAAGUUUGUAGAUUUUUUUAAUUGUCCUUUUGUGAAUAUUAAGCACAAAGUAUUUCCUCUCGAAAAUUAUUUUUUAAAACAAUAUAAUUCUGAAAACUGGUUUUAUGAAACUAUUAAAACUGUAAUACAAAUUCAUAACACCGAACCAAAAGGUGAUAUUUUAGUAUUUUUAACUGGGCAAGAAGAAAUUAAAGAUGCCUACCAGAUUUUAACUACUAGUUUAAAUUUAGAAACUUGUAAAAUUUUAAUGAUUUACAGUGCUAUGUCAAUAAAUGAUCAAGAAGAAGUAUUCUUGAAUACAGAGAAAAGAAAGAUUGUUUUGUCUACUAAUAUUUGUGAGACAUCAGUGACAAUAGAAAAUAUUGUCUACGUUGUAGACUCGGGAAGAGUAAAACAAAUGCGCCAUUCAUGUUUUCUUGGAUUGGAUAUCUUAGAAACAUUAAUGAUUAGUAAAGCGCAAGCAAAACAAAGAAGCGGCAGAGCAGGUCGCACAGGACCUGGUAAAACAUUUAGAAUAUACACAAAACAAGAAUUUUUACAAAUGAAGGAUUCUCUAUUACCCGAAAUUUUAACUACUAAUGUUUGUAAGUGUAUUCUUACUAUAAAAUCUUUAGGUAUCAAUAAUCUGAAUAACUUCAAAAUGAUUGAUAUGCCUAAUCCAGAUUCAAUUAAUGAUGCAUUAGAAUAUUUAUUCCUUGCUAGAGCAGUGGAUAGUGUUGGAGAUAUUACAGAUUUAGGAAGAAAAAUGGCACGUUUACCACUUGAUCCAUAUUUAUCACUCACAUUAAUUAGAUCUGAGGAACUUGGUUGUUUUGAAGAUGUUGCAAUUAUUGCUGCAAUGCUAACUGUCGAUCAAAUUUACGUGGACGUAAAAAAGGACGACAAUUUUUUAUAUAAAAAAUUUCUAGCUGUCAAAUCAUCCUGGAACGAUGAUAGAGGAGAUUUUUUUGUCUUACUAAAAAUAUUUAAUGCAUGGAAAAAAGAAAAAUAUUCUAACAAGUUUUGUAAGUACAAUUUUCUGUCUCUACGAAAUAUGUGGCAGGCAAAGAAAAUUAAGGAUCAAUUAUCUUUUAUGUUUAAUUAUAACAAUUCUUCAAACAAAUCUAAAGUUAUUGAAGCUUUUUCUUUUGGAUAUUUUAUGAAUAUAGCGAAAAUUAAAGAAGAUGGAUAUUACACCAUAUUUAAACAAACAGAGUGUUAUAUACACAGUUCCAGUUGUCUUUAUAAAAAAAGAGAACCCUUUAUCUUAUAUUUUUCUAUUGUUAGAACAAAAAGAGAAUUUUUAAAAUUCUGUAAUGUUGUCACGCCAGAAAUUUUGUGUAAAAGUGUGAACAAUGUGUUUAUCAAAAAAAAAUAA